UAUAUAUUUAAAUAAUUUGUACAAUAGUUUGUUUUGUGUAUUUCUCAGGAAACUCAACGUUGGAUAAUUUCAAUUUUAGCAAUUGUCGUAAUUUUCGUAAUGCCCACCUGCGAGUUUAGUUUCGAGCGUGAUACGUCGGUGUAUGUGUGUGGUGAACAGCUAAGCGGCAAUGUAGCAGUAACACUUGUAAAGGAGAGAUUACUUGAAGAUAUACGCAUAGACUUCUGUGGCAAAGCUACCGUUAAUUGGGUUGACACAAUGGCGCGCUUUCCAAAGCUCUAUUCCGCUGAGGAGACAUACAUGGAGUUGGAAACAGUCGUUUUUCAAGGCGGUCUACUAAAGCCAAAUACAUAUAAUUACAGGUUUAAUUACCAUAUACCAGAUAUAUGUCCGACAACUUGUACAACGGAUAUUGGACGUAUUUACUACGAAUUAUCUUUAAUUCUGUCAAUUCACGACAAAGCAGAGACACGUAAGUUUACCAGCGAAAUAAUGGUGUUACAGUUGUUUAAUAUCGAUAAAGUGCCCAAUGCAUUGCUGCCAGUCAUUCGUAACGAUGAGAUCUACUUUUGCUGUUGGCCCUGCUCGGCCGGUCCGAUCUCUAUACACCUAAGGGCAGCAUCGGGCGCCUACAUACCUGGCAAUAAAAUAAAAUUUUCCAUUGAAGUGGCUAAUAUGUCGAAACGUUGCAAAUUUCGCACACACAUCACCACCUACUUUGUGCAAAUCUACAAAUUCACCACACAAGUACCGCGUCGUCGUACACGCUAUAUUUCGUAUAUUUUGAGUAGCGUGGAGAAUCGCAUAAUUGUCAAAGCGGAUGACAUCGCUUCGCUGGACGAGGAAUUCUUCGUGCCACCGCUGCCACCAUCCACACAGGGUACACACAUAAUUUCUAUUAAGUAUGAGUUACGUCUACAAACGCGCAUCCGCUAUGUCACACAAACAAUGUCGGACUUGACAUUGCCCAUACUGAUAGGCACGUCGAGGGAUAUAACACCCGAGCAUACGAAUGUGAUGAGGAAAAGUAGACACUGGCAAUGAAGUUUAAUCUACAAUUAUCUGUAUGCAUAUAACCCUGCGUUUAUUUGACAUAUAUAAUAGUUAUGUAUAAAGCUAUAUUUAAUACUUAUAUGUAUAUGUUUUUUUGUUACAAUUUAAAUGUUAGAUAAGCUGUUAUAUAACAACAGAUCCAUCUACAACACUUUAA